GUUUUUCCAAAUAUUUAGACAAGCUCAACUUUUCAACUUGAGUGUCAUUAAUUUUUUGAGACAUUAUGCCAUUAGCCAUCAUAGGAAAUCAAUUGGAAUAGAAAAGUUACAAUGUUUAAAUUAGUUUUAAUGGAUAAUUUUGUUGAAGCCAGGAGGAAUCUUAUAGGAAAUUUUAGCUCAACACAUUUGUUCUCUUGCAAGUUAGUUGCAAAGCUUGCCUAAAUUGAUACAGUGUAUUCUCAGGAAAUAUCAGAUCUGUUGAUUUUGUUGCAAAAUUUGCCUUUACAUACUACCCUUAACUUAAUUAGAUUGGUAUAGAACACUCAAUUUCAUAAUCAACUGACACUGACUAUUACACAAACUUGUUCGGUUCAAAGGCUAUCUCUACGUAAUGCAUCUUGACGCAGAGUUCAGAUAGUGAUAUUUUGACGUCAUUAUAUUUCAACAUGUAUUAAAACUGAGAGGAUUUUAAAUUCAGUCCUUAUUUCUAGGGGUAGUGUUGCUGAUUGAGGCAGAAUAUGGGCAUUAUUCGAUUUUACCGUGUGCCUGGACUUUCCGGAGGGGCUACAAGUAUUAAGCUCAAACAGCUUCAACGUGAAAUUCCGAUUGUUGCUGCUUUGAAGAGUGAACUGUGCUUCAAUGUUGAAAUAAACCGUCCACUAUCAAGUGCUGAAGAAGGAAAAUUGAAGUGGAUACUGUCAUCACCGUUUGAGCCUCAAAACCUCUCAUCUGAACCUACUUUAGCUGGAGAUGAAUUGGGAGAUUUGCUCAUUGAAAUUGGACCAAGACUGAACUUCUCCACUGCAUUUUCAAGUAAUGCUGUGUCAAUAUGUCAUUCUGUUGGGCUCAAACAAAUCACACGGUUGGAAGUAUCCAUGCGAUACUUGAUUGUGUGGGAGCAGAAAGGUCUGUCUAUAAAACCCAGUUUGGUUGAGCAGGUUUCUGGAGUCCUUCAUGAUCGGAUGACUGAAUGUCAGUAUCUGAAGCCAGUUGAGAGUUUUGAUUUAGGAAUACAUCCUGAACCAUGGUUUGAAGUUGACAUACUAAAAGAAGGAAGGAAAGCACUUGAGGAAGUAAACCAACAAUUAGGUUUAGCUUUUGACAAUUGGGAUCUUGAUUUCUACACUGACUUGUUUAAGAAUAAAUUGAAGCGCAAUCCAACAAGUGUAGAAUGUUUUGAUUUGGCUCAAUCAAAUAGUGAGCAUAGUCGACAUUGGUUUUUUAAGGGCCUAAUGGUUCUUGAUGGUAAAGAGCAAUCUGAUUCUCUUAUUGACAUGAUUAUCGACACACAAAAUUCAUCAAAUUCAAAUAAUGUGAUUAAAUUUAGUGAUAAUAGUAGUGCCAUUAAGGGUUUUGAAGUAUCAUCUCUUCAACCCAGCAAUCCAACUGAAGCAAGUAGUUUUAACAAAGUUAAUGGGUUGUCGCAUUUAAUUUUUACUGCAGAAACUCACAACUUCCCAACUGGAGUAGCUCCUUUCAGUGGUGCCACAACAGGAACUGGAGGGAGAAUCCGUGAUGUCCAUGCAGUUGGUAGAGGAGGGCAUUAUAUUGCUGGCACUGCUGGCUAUUCUGUUGGAAACUUGCUUAUUCCAGAUUAUCGUUUACCAUGGGAAGAUAGAACUCAGAGCUACCCUAACAACUUCGCUCCCCCUUUGGAAAUUUUGGUUGAAGCCAGUAAUGGAGCCUCAGAUUAUGGCAACAAAUUUGGUGAGCCUGUGAUUUGUGGAUUUGCCAGAUCUUUUGGACUUGUUGAUUCAUCUGGUGAACGUAGAGAAUGGAUUAAGCCUAUUAUGUUCAGUGGAGGUGUUGGCUCAUUGGAUGCAAAUAUGAUUAGCAAACUCGCUCCAGAGAAAGGGAUGCAAGUUGUCAAAUUGGGCGGACCUGUUUAUCGAAUUGGUGUAGGUGGUGGAUCUGCAAGUUCUGUGGAGGUUCAAGGAGACAAUAAAAGUGAAUUAGAUUUUGGAGCAGUUCAACGAGGAGAUGCAGAAAUGGAGCAGAAACUUCAUCGAGUGAUCCGAGCUUGUCUGGAAAUGGGUGAUGCCAACCCAAUAUGUAGUAUUCAUGACCAAGGAGCUGGAGGAAAUGGCAAUGUACUGAAAGAACUGGUGGAGCCUGCUGGGGCUGUCAUAUUCACCCGUAACUUCCAGUUGGGAGAUCCAACAAUCAGCACCAUGGAACUAUGGGGAGCAGAAUAUCAAGAAAAUGAUGCUCUCUUGUGUCGGGCUGAAGAUGUACCCAUCUUAAAACAAAUUGAUGAAGUUCCUGAUGAUAAAAAGUUCUUGGAUGGAAGUUUUGAGAAGGAAAAAGCAAAAUACCCUGUUGAUUUGGAGCUUGAAUUGGUGCUGGGAAAAAUGCCAAGAAAGACUUUUGUAUUGGAUCGCCAGCCAUCCAUAGUGAAGUCACUGAGCUUUCCAAAGGCAUUAACUGUUCUUGGUGCUUUGGACAGAGUCCUUAGGUUGCCAUCUGUGUCAAGUAAGCGAUUCCUUACCAACAAAGUUGACCGUUGUGUAACAGGACUAGUUGCACAGCAACAGUGUGUUGGACCUCUUCAUACUCCUUUGGCAGAUGUUGCUGUUACUGCGCUGUCUCACUUCAAUUUUGAGGGAAUUGCCACGGCCAUAGGAGAGCAGCCGAUCAAGGGCCUGAUAAAUGCUGCUGCUGGAGCCCGGAUGACUGUUGGAGAAGCUUUGAGCAAUCUGGUUUUCGCUGCAAUUACAGACAUUCAGGACGUGAAAUGCAGUGGCAACUGGAUGUGGGCAGCUAAAUUACCUGGAGAAGGAGCAGCUCUGUAUGAAGCAUGUGUUGCCAUGUGCAAAGUGAUGUGUGAACUUGGUGUUGCUGUAGAUGGAGGAAAAGAUUCUUUAAGAACGUUGGUGGUGUCUACAUAUGCUCCAUGCCCAGACAUCAGGAAAGUUGUAACUCCCGAUCUGAAGAGCCCAGCCCUUGGUAACUCAGGUGUCCUCCUUUGGGUUGAUCUCUCAGGUGGCAAGAAUAGGUUGGGAGGAUCUGCUCUUGCACAGUGCUAUAGUCAGCUGGGAGAUGAGCCUGCAGAUAUGGAUAAUGCAGCUUUGUUUAAACAGGCAUUUAAAGCUACCCAGAAGCUUAUUAAAGAGGACAAAAUUCUUGCUGGUCACGACAUAAGUGAUGGAGGUCUCAUAACAUGUCUUUUGGAAAUGGCUUUUGGAGGCAUAAGUGGAUUUGUUGUUAAUGUAACUCACAAGACUGGAGCUAUGCUUGAUGUUCUGUUUGCCGAGGAAUUAGGAUGGGUUCUGGAAAUUGAUGCAGACAAUAAAGAGUAUGUUCUACAGACGAUGAAAUCGCAUGGUGUUCCAUGCUUUGUCAUUGGGCGCAGUGCAGCUUAUGGAAUGAAUGCUCAGACGAGAGUUUUGUCCCUGAGGAGUGAUGUCCUCACUCUCUUCACCACAUGGGAGGAAACCAGCUAUCGCUUGGAGAGACGUCAGGCCAAUCCAGAUUGUGUCCGCCACGAGUUUCAGAACCUUGGAUCUAGGAAGGGCCCAAACUACAAACUUACAUUCAACCCUGCUAUUGAACCUCGCCCUGAAAAACCUAUUUCUGCUCUUUUCCUCCAUCCUGUAGUGUCAAAUGCUUUGUGCAGUAAAAAGAAUUUCCUUCAAAGAGUUAAUAAAUUUCUUAAAAUUUGUCUGACAGCCUUGCGUGUUGCUGUAAUUCGUGAGGAAGGAACAAAUGGAGACCGCGAAAUGGCAGCUUCUUUAUUUAUGGCUGGGUUUGAAGUUUGGGAUGUCACUAUGCAAGACUUGCUGAACAAGAAAGUGACUGCUGACCAGUUCAGAGGGUUGAUAUUUCCAGGAGGGUUCAGUUAUGCAGAUGUUUUGGGUUCUGCAAAGGGUUGGGCAGCUAGUUUGUUGUUUAACCCAGUAUUGAGAAAACAAUUCCAAGCUUUUGCUGAGAAGAAAGAUACUUUUAGUUUGGGAGUGUGUAAUGGCUGCCAACUCAUGAGUUUGCUUGGUUGGUUGAAUAUUGACAAACAGGGUUUGGAGAAUGAAAUACCUUCUCCUGACAUUGUGUUGGAUCACAAUGUGUCUGAGAGAUUCGAAUGCCGAUUCAGCACUGUGCGAAUUGAGAGCUCUCCCUCCAUUAUGUUGCGUGGCAUGGAGGGAAGUUCUUUUGGAGUAUGGGUGGCUCAUGGAGAAGGUCGCUUUACGUUUAGAAAUAAUGAUGUUCUGUCUAAACUGGAGAGUAAGAAAUGUUGUCCCAUAAAGUAUGUCGAUGAUGAUGGUGAACCCACAAUGUAUUAUCCUAUGAACCCGAAUGGAAGCAUCCAUGGCAUUGCAGCUGUGUGCUCUGCGGAUGGUCGCCACCUAGCCAUGAUGCCCCAUCCAGAGAGGGCUACUCUGCUGUGGCAGUGGCCCUGGAUGCCUCCACAGUGGAAGGACAAGUACCAGGUGUCUCCUUGGUUGCGCAUUUUCCAGAAUGCUUUUGUAUGGUCUGCAUCCAGGUAAUAUUAGGCAGAUUGCUGUAUGCACAAUUUCAAUAUAGAGAGCAUAAAAAACUUGGCCUUCUUCAGUUUUAAAGUGCAUUUGAUAUGUUCAGCACUAGAAUUACUGAUAUGUUGAGUUUGUGAAAAGGUUUGUGCCAUAGGAAGUAAUUGUAAAAAAAUGCUCAAAAAUUAAAAUUGCUCAAAAUGAAAAAGUAUGUUGGAAGACUGAAACAUUCCAUUGUUAUGUGCCGUUUUAAUGUUACUGAGAUUGAAUAUUUUAAGGUUGACUCUUUAAAGAUUAUUAUAUUUGUAAUGGAAACUUUUCUUAAAAUAAAAUAUUUUGAAAUAAA